AGCACACCUUUCAGACAUUGCGUCAACUGCAUAAUCAUUAUAAUUACCCGCCUACGAAUAAUACGGGAUAUCCAGCUUCACCAAAUUUGCCUCGAAUGAUCAAAUUAUUUCACAAUAAAUAUCGUUGCCAAUGGUGUACAAGGAGUGCCUUUGAGGGAUCUAUUUUUUCGUGGGAUAAGUUUAGUGACAGAUGGAUUUUUUGGAGUUUAACUAAUAUGGUUAUAUUUAGUGCAUGACGUUUGGUUUGUCUGGGUCCACCCCCGCUGCAGCAGCAUUAAUAUCUUACUGAAGUUUUUGAGAAGAAGUCUGCGGAAUUUUUUGGUGAAAAUAUGGAGGAUAUAUUCCAGUGGUGUCGUGAGGGGAAUGCUAUGCAGGUUCGGGUUUGGCUGGAUGACACUGAACAUGACAUGAAUCAAGGGGAUGAUCAUGGGUUCAGUCCUCUUCAUUGGUGUGCCAAAGAGGGCCAUUCGAAAUUGGCUGAACUCCUUGUCAGCAGAGGCGCGAGGAUAAAUGCAACAAAUCGAGGUGAUGACACUCCUCUUCAUCUAGCCUCUGCCCAUGGUAACAGGGAAAUAGUGCAAUUGCUUCUUCGUAACCGAGCAGAUGUCAAUGUCACCAAUGAACAUGGCAAUACGGCUCUGCACUACGCCUGCUUCUGGGGGGAUCAAGUCGUUGCUGAAGAUCUCGUAGCAGCUGGUGCACUCGUAUCAAUCGCCAAUAAAGACGGGGACACACCCCUCGAUAAGGCCAGAGGGCCUCUAGCUAAACGUCUUCAUGAUUUAGCGGUGGAGUUUGGCCAAGAUCUGAAGAAGAUUCAAUUCAAAGACCAAAGUUGGCUGGGAUUAAAGACCAGAAGCCGUGAUGCAACUUUAUCCAGGCAUAAGGGAAUAAAUAUGGCUGAACUGUCGCUGCACACUCACUUGGCAAGUAGCCCAAGCGGUGAAACCUGGCGUGGACGAUGGCAGAACAACGAUAUCGUUGCUAAAAUUCUCAAUUUGCGGGAAUGCACAGCUCGUAUAUCCCGCGAUUUCAACGAAGAAUUUCCAAAGCUGAGAAUUUUUUCUCAUCCCAACGUUCUGCCAGUCCUAGGCUGCGUUAAUCAACCACCCCAGCUUGUUACGGUAUGCCAGUACAUGGCAAGAGGAAGUCUCCAUCGUCUUCUGCACGGUGGUACUGGCGUUGUCGUUGAUACUGCACGCGCACUGAGGCUGGCACUUGAUGUUGCACGCGCCAUGGCUUUCCUCCACGGUCUCGAGAGGCAGAAUAGAUGUAGGUUCCACUUGAACAGCAAGCACGUUAUGAUUGAUGAAGACCUCACAGCUCGCGUUAAUAUGGCAGACUCGAAAUUUUCAUUCCAAGAAGUGGGACGAAUUUACGAACCUGCCUGGAUGUCCCCAGAGGCUCUGAGCAAACGUCCCUCUGACAUAAAUUUGGAGGCAAGCGAUAUGUGGAGCUUUGCCGUUCUAUUGUGGGAACUGGCAACACGCGAGGUCCCAUUUGCCGACCUCUCGCCCAUGGAGUGUGGAAUGAAGAUUGCCCUGGAGGAUCUACGUGUGGAAAUACCUCGUGGAAUUUCACCUCAUCUCGCCAAACUCAUUCGCAUUUGCAUGAACGAGGACCCAGGGAAACGUCCCUCCUUCGCCAUGGUCGUACCAAUUUUGGAUAAAAUGAAACGCUGAUUAUAACCCACUCUAUCAAACGCACAAUCUCCAUGGUCUUCAUUAAAUCUAACUCGCUAACUAAUCUAGAUUAAGAAAUUACUCGAAUCAAGUUGUGGAAUAAUGUAGGACUGAUUUACCACUCUCACUGGUGCUUCUCCCAAUUUUUAGUAUUUCAGAUGAAGAAAUAACUCGUGUUAUAUUUUUUAUACAAUUUUUCUCGUUAAAACUCGACGGAAUACAAUGGUCAGCUAUUAUUGUGCCUUAAUAUUCUUCACUUUAUCGUAAUUAGAGCAGUGGGAUUAUUCAAUUGAUAACGUCGACAGAGAUAAAAAAAUUAAAAAUCGUGCCUUUAUAAUUGCCAUUUGACAAUAAUAUUUAUUUUAAACUCACGGGAAGUGUUAUAUCGUGUUCUCAUCGUUGUUUUAUUUAGUAAUUGAUUUAUUUUUUUUAGUAUUGGAUAGUUAAAUGGAAAAAUAAUUUAACUUGUUUAGUCAAUUCUUAUGACAAAAUUUCGCCUUUGGGAUAUUCUCUAAAUAUUCAAUCUACAAUAUUGUUUAAAUAAUUUUCGAACUCCGAUUUUGCGGUAACUCUGGCAUGAGAAUAUAUUUAAUCCAAAGAAUUGAUCAUUUUACAAAAAAACGUACUUAUAAUGCAAAUGGCACCAAAUUAACGAUAAAAAAUCAUAAAAUUAUGAAAUCAUGAAUCUCAUCAUGAAAUUGUAACUACGACAAUUACUGCCAAAUCACUGUCCUUAUAUAAAUGUUAUCAAACAAAAGGUCGCCUAAAAAUAAAUUUUCAAAAGCGUCUUA